GGCUGGAGACUGGAGACUGAGUCUGAGGCUGGAUGUUGAGGCUGGAUGCUGAGGCUGGAUGCUGAGGUUUAGACUGAUGCUGGAUGCUGAUGCUGGAUGCUGAGGCUGGAUGCUGAGGCUGUAUGCUGGAGGCUGGGCAGGGUUCGGCCGGGUGCGCACUGAUGCUGAGGAGAAAACAACAACACUGCCUUCUGCUGUCGGAAUGAGCAUCUCACUGAAAUGCACUCGACUCACUUGCAUGGAUACCCGCUCUUCUGCCAUGACAAUCUCACGAAGCUAAUGAGAUUUGCAUCCAUUCAUCCAUUAUCUAUACCAGCUUUUAUCCUUUGCAGGGUCACAAUAACCUAAUUUGCAGCAUCUCCAGCGAAGACAAGUUGUUGCGCCAAAUGCGCCGUUUUUCUCAGCGCAGCUCCGGCGGCCCAUCCGACUGUCAUCUUGUUGUGCAGGUUACGCUUCACCUUCAUCAUCAGUAAUUCUGCAGGAGAGGACAAUGCUGACCAGCAUCACGGAUGGGAUUUUGUGCUGCCUAACAGGGAAAGCUGCUAAUCUGGUUUUGCCUCUGGACUCAUCCGAACCCUCUGAUGGUUUUGAGUUUGUGGAAGUGAAACCAGGGAGAGUCCUUCGAGUGCGGCACAUCAUCCCUGAACGUCAGCCCAUAGACACAGAAAAACAGGUUGCGAGGACGGAGGAGGCUGACGCUGGCUGUGAUGAUCACGACGAGGCCCCCACCGAGGGCUCUGUUAAGGACGGGGACGGUGGUACCAGCGUCCACUGCAAGAGGAAGAUCACAGUUUACCGCAAUGGCCAGCUGGUGAUCGAGAACCUCGGGGACGUUUUGCACUCGGAGAUCCUGCAGUGUCAGGACGGGGAUUUGGAGCCCUGUAGCACCGUGGAAGUGGAACUGGCUGACUAUAAAGAAAUAGCCUCUUCUCCCGACCCUAACCCUAUUCCACCUCCAGGUUCUGCACCCUCAGAAGAACAGAAACCUGCUCCGCCUCCUCGGCGCCGGCGCCGCAAGCCCAAGCGCACAGUGCUUAUCGACUCAAAACGGGUUAUCUCAAGCUGCAAAGGGACACACUCGGACGUUGCAAUAUUCUUCGUGCACGGCGUGGGAGGCUCUCUGGACAUUUGGAGCAGCCAGCUGGACUUCUUCUCUCGCCUGGGCUAUGAGGUCAUAGCGCCGGACCUGGCCGGGCACGGGGCCAGCACUGCUCCACAGAUUGCAGCAGCUUACACCUUCUACGCUCUGGCCGAGGACCUUCGGGCCAUCUUUAAGAGAUAUGCUAGGAAACGCAAUAUUCUCAUUGGCCACUCAUAUGGAGUGUCGUUUUGCACCUUCCUGGCGCACGAAUAUCCUGAUCUGGUCCAUAAGGUGGUGAUGAUCAAUGGCGGGGGUCCCACAGCGCUGGAGCCCAGCCUCUGCUCCAUCUUCCAGCUGCCAUCCUGCAUCCUUCACUGUCUGUCGCCUUGUCUGGCCUGGAGCUUCCUGAAAGCUGGAUUUGCUCGCCAAGGUGCAAAAGAAAAGCAGCUCUUGAAGCAGGGGAAUGCUUUCAACGUAUCCCCGUUUGUGCUGCGAGCCAUGAUGAGUGGUCAGUACUGGCCCGAGGGCGACGAGGUCUACCACGCUGAGCUCACUGUGCCCAUCCUGUUGGUUCAUGGCAUGUGUGACAAGUUCGUGCCCGUGGAUGAGGACCAGCGCAUGGCAGAGAUCCUUCUGUUUGCAUUCCUAAAAGUCAUUGAAGAGGGAAGUCACAUGGUUAUGAUGGAGUGUCCCGACACCGUCAACACCCUCCUCCAUGAGUUCUUUCUAUGGGAGCCCGACAUGUCCAGAAAAAACAGCAGCAAGACAGACGCAGAGAAUAUAGUUUCUGUCUGUGACACUAUUAACACACUGAAAAUCAAUAAGCCUGUAGACAAAUAACCCUCAAGGAGACUCAUUUUAUCACGGAACCAAGCAGAAAGCCUUUUUUCGGCAAGUUGGCGUGUGUCCAUAAUGCUCCUAUGCUUAUUAUGAGCCGGGCCACAUCUUAAGGAUGCAGAUGACCACUGGUGCUCCAAGAUAAAGCAGGAAAGAAGCUGUGAUGACAGGAACGGAUGCAAACACACUGUUUAAUCUUCACUUUUUAAUACCGGUUUGUGCUCCAUCGCACCGCAUUUGUGAAAUAGCUCAGUACCUGAAGCUCUGGACUGCCUGUGUGUACGUUUGCGAUGAACAGUGGAUGACUACGAGAUGGAAAAGACAUAAAAUCCUUGAAAUGAUGUUGAUAUACCUGACUUAUAUAUCUAAUUUUCAAGGGAACCAAGCAAAAAUAAUACGUAUUGUAUUGAGGAAUUAGAGCUCUAUAUAGCCGGCGAAUUGCAGUCGAGGAAAGCUUAUCUAUCAAGAUGAAAGAAUUGAUGAUAAUGGUGUACCAUCAAUUGCUGUCUGGGUGGUUGGGAAAAUUUGGUUCAAGGGAUUAAGUGUACCAAAAACAUAAUAACACCAAUGUUAUGCCGAUGUACAUUAAAAAUGUAACUAAUUGCAUCACAUGCAAAUGCAAAUUAUAUUAUAAUGCAAAGUGAAACAAAAAAGAUCUGCUGGGUUGCAGUCCAACCAUCUUUUAACUACAUCCAUACAACGUGCAACAUGCCCCAUCUCAAACAUAUUAACUCACAAUUGCAAGGUACACUAGCUUAUAAAGAUCAAAAUGACCUAAAACAAUUUUCCUUAUAUUUUAAUUCAAUAAAAAAGCAAUGUUUCAGUGUUAAGCACAACUAACUAACACAUCAAGUUCUGACUAAUGGCAGUUGCAUGAAAAUGAGUAUUCACUAAAACGUUUCUGAGAACUGGUCGUAAAAGCAGACGCAUUGCAAACAAACAUGGAUUUGCUCUGUUGUUUCUUCAAAUCUACUAAUUAUCCUAAGGAUACUAAAAGUACUGAGACCCUGCAUGAGUUUAGCGUAUAACAAAUAUGAUGGUUAUUGCAGUUGCAGACGCUAUUAUGUACAAAAAUCGCCCAAUACACUCUGCUUUAAUCGACUGAGUGUACCUCUUGAUGUGUAGGUAUUAUUCUAUUUAUAUUUUAUCCUGGAGUAACGGCAAUUUCCAAAUCAAAUUGUGAUUGUAUUGACUGCUUUAAGCUGCUGUGUCUUUAAAGUGAUAAAUUCAAAGCAAAAGUGUGUUCUUCUACUCAUUCAAUCCAACUUAUCUACUAUUGUUUUUGUGUCAGACUGAGGUUUUAUUGUUUGUUUGUUUGUUUUGCUCAGUGGAAGCGAUUCAUUCAAGGACGCUGUUUUGCCUCAUAGUGGGACAACAUGGAGAGCAUAAGCACAGUCUAAUAUGCUCCCUGACUGUGUUUGUCUGCCGAUUUGACACUUUACUGUUUUAAAUAGUUGAGCUUCUCAAUGGGGGGGGAGUGAAAAACUGGAUGAACCCCUAAAGAAGAAAGAAAGACAGAUUUGCGCUAAAUGUGCUGAAAACGGAUGCAACGGGACUCACUUUAUGCAACUAAACAAAAUAGGAGACAAACAGAUCCUGUUUGAUGGUGAUAAUAUAUCACAUAUUCGUAAUGGACUUCCCAAAAACCAACAAGUGCUGCUGAUGUAUUCUUUGGUGUAAAAGGUGAGUAAAACUGUAUGGAUUACAGGGUGCACAUACUUCCUCUUAUGCUAAAAGUGUACGUAUUCAAUUGUUGUAUGUGCUGAAUCUUUUUGUGGUUAAAUUGUGUUAAUGUUAUUGUUACGUUUAUUACUGGGAAUAAUAAUAUAUGCACUGCCUGAAUGUAGAUGCAUAUAACAUUAUACAGCUUGUCAAAGCAUUUAGAUUCAGUGUA